AAAACGUGUGGAGCAGCACCAAGUCGAGGGUUAGCGGCGGCAGUGUUUAGGCGAGCCGUGUUGUCAUUCCAAUCCCAGCCCGCGACGUCCAGGCUCCGUUUCCUUGCCAGACAAAAUGCCAGCCGAGGAAAAAGCACCCGAGAAAAAGAAAUCAGCAGAAAAGAAGUCGGCAGAUAAGAAGACCACAGAGAAGAAAGGCACCGAGAAGAAGAGUACAGAAAUUGGGGGAGAAAGUGCACUGCGGGACACCAAUGUCAUCACAGAUGGAGGUCGACUCGUCAAGAUGGAGGUGGACUACUCCACAACUUGUGACGAGAAGAUCCCAACUGCUCAGAAGAUGGCCAAGGAUGGCAACGUGCAGGAGGCCGUGGAUAUACUGAUGGUGUUGGAGAAACAGACCCGAACAGGAGCUGAUGCACAUUCCACCAGUCGAGUCCUUGUUGCUGUUGUGGAAAUAUGUUAUGAGGCUGGUGAGUGGAACUUGUUGAAUGAGACCAUUGUGACACUGACCAAGAAGCGGUCCCAGAUCAAGAUGGCAGUCACCAAAAUGGUCCAGAAAUGCUGUGACUACGUUGAUAAGACACCCAACAAGGAGGUGAAGCUCAAGCUCAUGGACACACUAAGAACGAUCACCGAGGGCAAGAUCUAUGUGGAGGUGGAGCGUGCUCGCCUCACCCACAAGCUCGCCGUGAUGAAGGAGGAAGAGGGGGACAUUACUGAAGCAGCCACCAUCCUCCAAGAACUACAGGUGGAAACAUUUGGCUCUAUGGAACGUAAAGAAAAGGUCGAAAUGAUCCUGGAGCAGAUGCGUUUAUGUUUGCUAAAGAAAGAUUUUGUUCGCACUCAAAUUAUAUCGAAGAAAAUUAGUACAAAGUUCUUUGAUAGUGAAGAAGUUGACAACCUGAAGCUUAAAUUCUACAACCUCAUGAUUGACCUGGAUAGCCACGAGGGCUCCUUCCUGAGCAUCUGCCGCCAUUACCGUGCUAUCUAUGACUCAAAAACUGUGCAGAACAGUGAAGAGGAAAAGAAACGGAUUUUGAAGCAUGUGGUGUUGUUCAUCAUUCUGGCCCCGUACGAUAAUGAGCAGAGUGACCUCCUUCACAGAAUUAAAGAAGACAAAACCCUGGAAGAAAUCCCAAUGUACAGAGACCUCCUCCAGUUGUUUGUGACUGCUGAACUAAUCAAGUGGUCUGGUCUGUGCGAGGUUUAUGAGAAGGAGCUGAGGUCCGAUGCCACAAAUGUUUUUCCCAACAAGGAAGAAGGCAAUGACAGGUGGACCAAGUUGAAGGACAGGGUUGUGGAGCAUAAUAUUAGGAUGAUGGCCAAAUAUUAUACUAGAAUUCAUUUGAAGAGGAUGGCUGAACUUUUGGACCUUUCAAUUAAAGAGAGUGAAGAGUUCCUGUGUCAACUGGUGGUAUCUGGAACAGUAGUGGCUCGCAUGGACAGGCUGGAGGGUGUGGUCAACUUCGGCACCACCCCAGAGCACUCGCAGCUCCUCAACACCUGGUCAGACUCUCUCCACCACCUCAUGGCUCUAGUAAACAAGACAACACAUCUCAUCAACAAAGAGGAAAUGGUACAUAAGCAUCUCCUGCAAGUUAAAGAAUAGCCAUCUACCCUAAAAGUAAAGUUUCCUCUGUAUUUUUGAGGGAAGUGAAGUGAUAGGUAAUCUGUUCUUUUUAGGAUGUAGGUAUAUAAUGGAGCAGCAGCAUAUGCGAUUACCAUCUUCUAUUUUUAGUCUGGGUGUCUUCAAGGUCAAGGUGUCACUAAAGGAAUGCUAAUGCUGCAGUAAUUGUAUAGGAAAUAUUUUUAAUGUAUCAAAAAUAAUGCAGGUUAAUAAAGGCUGUCUAAAAGAUAUUCAGUUUUGUAAUUAAAAUUUCACAUUUGACAA